AUGUGGUAUUGGUGCGAUCGAUCAUCUCCUCCACCUAAUCAUGUUCCUACCAGUGUUCUGUCUCCAACACCAAUCAAUACAAAUUCGACGAGUACAAACAUCCUACCAACAGUGACAUCGUCAACAUCAUCUUUACUAAAAACUGAUCCCACGGAUGAUUAUCCUCAACUCGAUCUUAAUCUCAAUUUUCAUCAUCACAAUCAUCGCGCUCAGCAACGAUUGUCAUUAGAUCAUAACGAUGACGAUGACGAGGAUGAUGACGACGAAACCAGCGAUCAGAAUAUUAAUGGAAACAGUGAAACAACCAAUCGUGGGCAAACAACGUGUUUUCGAGAUCGUGAAAUUCACAAUCGACUUGAGAAACAUCGACGAGCUCAUUUGAAAGAUUGCUUCGAUUCUCUCAAAGCAGAAGUUCCUUGUCAACGUGAUCGAAAAAUAACUAAUCUUCAAGUACUCAAUCUAGCCAUCAAAUACAUCCAGACUCUAACACGAAAAGAGCGUGAAUAUGAACAAGAGAUAUCUGCGUUGUCAGCUCGCAAUGCUGAACUACAACAUCGUCUUAGUUCGUUAAAAGUCGAAUUAAAUUCCGAAGGACACGAUGCUGAUACCUGGCUCGAAUCAUGUUCGGAUAUUGAUCAUUCAAUAUCAACACGUACAGCUUCUGAAGCUGAAAUGUACCGAACAAUCGAUGAUGUUAGUGACGAUGCACAUAAUGAAUCUUUUGAACUGAAUAGAAAGUCCAGUGAUGUAAUAAAUCAGAAUGGAAAUAAACCAACUUCCUAUACGUUCGAUCCUAAAGCGCUAGUAAAUAAUCGUAAAUCAACAAGUGCUCGUCAAAGACCGCGACCAUCGAAAAGAAAACUGCAAUCGAUUCCAACUACUAAUCUCUUACAAACCCUGUCCGUAUCACCAUCAAUUAAUACCCAUACAUCUCGUCCCGAAAAUCUACUCGAUUUCAACAUGGCAAGACAUUUGCAUCUCGACGAACCAUGUAAUCUAUUGACUAACAUUCAUUCAAGAACAAAAGAUAGUUUAUCCUCAACACCUAUAACUGAUAUUCGAUAUGAAAUCGUCGAUAUGUUCACCAAAGGCACAACGUCACAUUUGCAGCAACAACAACAGCAGCAGCAGCAAAUAUCUCCAUUACCGUCCAUUGCUAGUUUAAUGAACAGACAUUCUUCACAACCAUCCCCUGUUGUUUCUCCAACCAAGCAAACGAUUGGUAUUAAUACAGAUCCGCUAACAACAUCCACAACAAAUAUCCUUCAUCAACCUGUUGCGACAUCAUAA